AUGACAGCGCUUUGGCCGGGGCGAGCAGCGGCCAUUUAUCUAGGGGAAGGGAAGCAGUACGCCUCCGAGGCCCAUCUGUCUCCGGAUUGUCUGCAGUUAGUAAACGCAGCCCACUCACACCCGGCUUCUGAGCUCUACGCCAUCAGUAGUGCCGCUGACAAAGUGUGUCCGACAAUGAGUGCUCGUCCUCGGGCGGGUGAGCAUGGUCGACUGAGCGACUCAGCCUUCGGAGAACACGGAAGCAAAACAAAAGAUGGCGCAUGCGUAUUGGAGACCGCUUCGGCGGCUGCAGCAACAGCAGCGCUCCACGAUGACGUCACUCAUUCAAGGCAGCGAGACAAGCCCAGACACAUUACAACAACUGACAGCUUGGUCAGGAGAACGAAACAACUGUCCACACAUCUUUCUCCACUGUUGGUGUGGUGGUACCUUGUCACCUUAGUGGCGGAGCUGGUGACGAUGACUCUGGAGGACGACUUAACGUCGGCGGCCGCCAUGGGGAACACCGCCGAGGUGGAGCGACUCCUGCGGGCAGGCGCGGACGUCAACGCGGCCAACCGCCUGGGACACACCGCGCUGCAGGCCAUGAUGAUGGGCAGCACACCGGUGGCCCGCCUCCUCCUGGCCAGUGGCGCAAACCCCAACGUGGCGGACUCACGCACCGGGACCACGCCGCUGCACGACGCGGCCCGGACGGGCUUUGCGGACAUGGCGAGGCUGCUGGUUCGCUUCGCCGCGGACCCGCAGGCCAGAGACCACACUAACUGUAGGCCCGUAGAUGUGGCCCGGACACACGGCCACGCUGACGUCGUGGCUUUCCUGGAGUCUCUGGGUUGAAUGGAGGGGACUGUCCCGUUUUAAUGUAUACGUUUAUUUAUUAACAGUAUGGCGUUGAGGACAAUAAUUCGACAUGUAUCGAAAUAAGGUCGGGGCUCAUUGUCGAGGCCAGACUUAUAACUGUUUUUACAAGCUUCAGUUGGUAUUAUUUAUUUGCAUAUUUGAGUUUUACUUGAAUCAAUAUUAACUCAUUUACUCCUAAGGUAACAUAAUUAUUAUUUAACAUUCCCUGCAAACUAUAAUUAUGAAUAUUAUGAUGCACUUUAUCAGAAUGUAAAAAAAACAUUUUUGGGGGGAAUCUAUAUGGAACAAAUAAUCAGUUAUACUGACUUGUCCCUGAUGUGAUAUGGGCCAUUAAAAUAAAUGUGACACAUUUUGCUUUUAUUGCCAUUAAAAAUAGGAAAUAUUGCUUUUAGGGUUAUAUUUACAGCCAUAAGUGAAGCUAUGCCCACUAUGCAGUAGGCCUAUUGAGGGUUAAUACUGAAGGGAAUAAAAAGCACUUUUUUGCAGGAGUUACAGUAUACUGCAUUUGAAAAAAAAAUUGAAUGUUAUGCAAAAGUUAUGAGUUUAGGAGUUAAUUUCAAAGCUGUGUCAAACUCAGGCCCGAUGACUAAAUCCGGCCCACGCUGCAAUUUCAGCAGGCAGCUAAACUGUUAAUAGGAAAAUAGCAUUGAGUUUGCCUGCAUGCUGAAUGGACCUUGUCAAACAAACUGCUUCCAGCAAUCUGAGUAAGUAAGCAAUUCUUUGGGCACCAACUAAUCCUGCGACUUUCUGAUUUAAAAAGUGGAAACAAUAUAGUAUAUAGCACAAAAUUCACAACCAUUCUUAAUAAGAGUGCCAGCAAAGCAUGCUGGGGAAUGUGUAACCUGCGCAUUCCACAGACGCAAACUCUUCCCAGUUACACAUGUCAGGGAUUGUGAUGUUUUUGUGUAAAAUAUAAAAUACUGUAGCUUUUGCCGCACAUUGAGAGAAUGAUGAAGAGGUGGUCGAUAUACAAUCACUUCAUUGAAACCAAGAACCACGCCAAAACAACCAUAGUCAUAUGCAGACUACCGGAAAGUCGAAAUUUCACCAAAAAAUGCACAUUUCACUCACUCCCAUGUAAAUAAAAAAGUCCAUGUGGUUAAGGGUAUUGUCCAGGUCGCCCUCGACAUAAAGUAUAAGCUUUGAGUUUUGGCCCCCUGUGUGAUUGAGUUUGACACCCCUGAAUUAAAGGCUCAGGAAGUUUUUGCAGUUCGCUUGCUGAUUAGAGUUCAAAAUAUGGAACUUAUUUUUGAAAUAUAUUUCACGCUGUGUGUCGUAAGAGUUUUGAGCGACUGAAAUAAACAUUUCAAAGAUAUUCUAAUUUAUUGAGAUGCGACUCUAGCCAAUAUGUAUUUUCUUAUGAAAUAGAAAACUUUAUAACCUUCUUUAUUUUUAUUUUCAUUUCUGCUAAUGUGAUCUUCCUUUAUCAUUCAGUGCUGUCUGUAUAUUGAAUCGGUAUACAAGAAAUA